CUUUGUGGGGCUGUGCAGACAACUUUUGGGUGUUGUGGAGUUGAGGCUGAGCUCCUGACCGUGCUUUAGCAUCCUCCCAGUGGUGGUGAGAGGCUUGGCAGGGCAAGGCUUUGUAGUGUGGGACUCCCUGAAGUGCUGGCAAAGGGUCAGCACCCAAAACCAAAUGUUUCCUGCAUGGAAAUAAAGGCUCUGCCAAGUGCUGGUGCCCCACAGCUGUGACUGGGGGGGGGGAGAGGGGGGAGAUGCUCUGCUUUAGGAGGUGCUGAGAGAGAAUCACCCACUGCUCUGCACGCAUCUCCACAUCAGUUAAAGACCCACAGCGUCCCAGGGCUGCGCCCCACAGCACGGCUGGCACCCAAACACCCCCUGGUGCCCACAGCUGGAUGGAGCUGAGCAAAGUGGGAGGUGAUCCUCAGCCCCCCCCCCCCCUCUGUGCCACCCAUCCCCAGGAACGCCUCCCACACCCCAGGGAGGAGCAGCAGCGCCUGCCCCAGCACGCAGUGGGUGCGGGGUGCUGGGAGCCGAUGGAGCCGCGGUGGCAUUACCAGUUCCGGGUGAUCAUGCUGGGGGAUUCGACGGUGGGCAAAUCGUCCCUGCUGCGGCGUUACACCGAGGGGGUUUUCCUGGAUGCCGUCAAUCAGACGGUGGGGGUGGAUUUCUACGUUCAGUUCGUGGAGUUGGAGCCGGGGCUGCAGGUCAAACUGCAGUUCUGGGACACGGCUGGGCAGGAGCGCUUCAGGUCUGUCACCCGUUCCUAUUACCGCAACUCUGCGGGUGCAAUGCUGCUCUUCGACCUCACCAACCGUGCGUCCUUCGAGAGCGUCCGGCGGUGGCACCGGGAGGUGACAGACACCAUCCAACCUUUCCACGUGGUUUUCCUGCUGGUGGGACACAAAAGCGACCUGGUGGGGGAACGUAAGGUGGGCAGGAGGGAGGCGGAGCGGCUGGCGGCGUCGUUGGGCGUGCAGUACGUCGAGACCUCAGCCAAGGACGGCAGCGAUGUGACGCGGGCGUUCCAGAUGCUGACCGUGGCCAUCUACCGGGCGCUGCAGAGCGGGCUGCUGGCACCGUGCGAGGCGUGGGACGGGGUGAAGAGCAGCGUGCCGCUGCCAGCACCGUGCCCGAAGAAGGAGAAGCAGAAGAAAUGCGCGUGCUAAGGAGGGCGUUGAGGUGCUGGGCGCUGCCGGGUGCCGAGGAAGGAGGAGCAGCGAGUGAUGGCGUUAAACAGCCCCCUGCUCACCCCACCGCCUGCCCCGUUUCCUGAGGAAAGGGAGGUGCCAGAGCCCCGUUCUUCUGUUCUCCCCCCUUACAAAGCGGUUCCCAGACAGCGAGCGCAGCCCCUCCCUGUGCCCUCGGGUCCCAAACCCGUUUUACUAUGGAGCAGAGAAUGCUAUGGUGUCCUGUGCCCAGCAGCACCCAGCCACGCUUUGGGCAGAGCCCUGGGAACAGACGGCAGCUCUGUGCCCCAGGAGCUGCCUCUCCCUCCCGAGCACCGGUCAGACCGGCCUCAGCCGCACUUACUGCAUGCCCCGGGCUGCCCAGCUGCACGGAGCCCUCAAGUAUCAACAAAGUGGGUUUCACCCGUGGGUGCUGGCAGCCCUGGAGCCCCAGCAGCGAGCUCCGCAGUGAGGCAGUGUCCACAACCUCCCUUUCUUUGCAGGGAGCACGCAGAGCUGCCCUUUCCCUCCCCACCACAUCCCACAGCAGCCGUAGUUUCUCUGCUGUGUGCCAGUUGGGGCAGAACAGAUGCUGGGAUGUGACUCUUCACGUUGUGAAUGCACUCAUCUCUUAUCCACAGCCACCACUUUCCUCCUACCUGCAGCCAAGCAGAGGCUGAACUACAUCAGGAGCCCUUGGCACAGU